UCCGCCGCCCCCCCGCCCUGACCAAAGAUUCUAGAGGAGAACUCCUCUGGCAUCUUUGGCCCUGACCGACGAGCGAGGAAGCGCCCGGUUGGGGCAGCGGCUGAGAGGCAGUGUGUUGGGUGGCUUAUCUCUACGGGCAAGAUCAAGAACAAUGGAACUCUGAAGAUGCUAGAGUACCAUGGGUGGUAUAAGAUUCCACUAUUUUUGUUAUGGAUGUCUGUUUUCCUCUUUGAUUUGGACUUUCCUCCUGUUCAUCUAUUUCAAUUUAAACUGGGAAAAAUACACUCAGAACAAUGUGCCUUUCCAGGGGAAUCCAGGUGUCGCUCAGAAUUUCCAGCCUCCAAUUACACGUAUUCAAAAAUGGUUUCCUGAAUUUCUGCAGCAAGGUGAGAAGUUUAUGAAACCUGUUCACAAAGAAUUCAAGAAAUUUGAAGAGUCUCUAGACCUGGGAAGAAUCUUCAAUGAAGCUGAUCAAGAAAUACGGGACAUAGGGUACAAGAAAUAUGCAUUCAACUUGCUCAUCAGCAAUCGCCUGGGCUAUCAUCGGGAUAUACCUGAUACCAGAGACCUAAGAUGUAAAGAAAAAAAGUACCCCAUCAAUCUACCAUCUGCAAGCAUCAUUAUCUGUUUUUAUAACGAAGCAUUGUCAACACUGCUUCGAACAAUUCAUAGCAUUCUGGAUCGAACUCCUGUGCACUUAUUGCGUGAAAUUAUCCUAGUGGAUGACAGGAGUGAUUUCAUUGAAUUGAAAGAUGAAUUGGAGCAAUAUAUUGCUAAUAAUCAUCUAAAUGUUAAGCUGAUAAGGAAUGUAAUGCGGGAAGGACUAAUACGCAGCAGAAUAGUUGGAUCAUCUCAUGCAACAGGUGAUGUACUGGUGUUCAUUGACAGUCACUGUGAAGUCAAUGAGAUGUGGUUGCAACCGCUUCUGGCUCUAAUUAAGGAGGAUCGCCACAUGGUAGUGUGCCCACUAAUCGAUAUCAUCAAUGCUGAUACACUAAGCUAUACUUCAUCUCCAUUAGUGAAAGGCGGGUUUAAUUGGGGACUGCACUUCAAAUGGGAUCCUGUGCCUGCUUCGUUGCUGAAUGGACCUAAUGGAGCAACUGAACCAUUCAAAUCACCUACAAUGGCAGGAGGACUGUUUGCAAUGAACCAGGAUUACUUCAAUAAACUUGGGCAAUAUGACAGUGGCAUGGAUAUUUGGGGAGGGGAAAACUUGGAAAUUUCCUUUAGGAUUUGGAUGUGUGGUGGGCAGCUGAAAAUAGUACCGUGUUCUCGUGUUGGACAUAUUUUCCGCAAAUGGCGUCCAUAUGGCUCACCAGGGAGAGUCGAUACCAUGGCUUACAACUCCCUGCGACUUUCCUAUGUCUGGAUGGACGAAUACAAGGAACAAUUUUUAUCCUUGAGACCAGAAUUGAGGAAACAAAGUUAUGGUGACAUCAGUGAACGUUUAGAAUUGCGAAAGAAGCUGAACUGUACAUCGUUCAAGUGGUAUCUAGACAAUGUCUACCCAGAAAUGGAAGUUAAUGGGCCAAAUGCAAAAAGUAAAGUUGAACAGGCACUAUUUGUUAAUAAAAGUCCCAAGCGAUCUAAAAUAUUGCAACAGGGAAGGCUGUACAACCUGCAGACAAGUAAAUGUCUGGCUGCCCAGAAAUAUCCUGAUCAAAAAGGAGGAAAAGUGGUGGUUAAAAAUUGCGAUUGGGCAGAUUCAAAUCAGGUUUGGAUUUACAAUGAAGAACAUGAUCUGAUACUGGCCAACCUUCUUUGUUUGGACACAUCUGAAGCCCACUUAUCAGAUUCCCCUCGUCUCAUGAAAUGUCAUGGUAGCGGAGGAUCACAGCAGUGGACUUUAGGGGUAAAUAAUUCUUUGUAUCAGAUAUCGGCUGGACAGUGCCUAAAAGUGAUAGAUCCGGACAGUCCUAAAGGAUAUGUUGCUAUGGCGAUUUGUGAUGGAUCCAGAUCGCAACAGUGGAAGUUGGGUAAUUGAUCAAAACUUCAACUGCAUUGUGUGGAACAGUUCCGACAACUGCCCAGUUUGAUUCCACAGGACUUAAUGGCGUGGAAAGCACAGACUGAAUUGUGAAAGCGAUGCUGAGGUAGUUGAAGGAACCACUUGGUUUUAAUUAGGUGAAUUGGAAUUUUAUCAAGGUGUUUUGGCCAUUUUUACGUUGGACUCUUUUACCAUUAUUGCAAGAUAAAACUUUAAACUUUGCAAGGAGGGAAUAAAAAAGGAACGUGACCAUUAUUUUGAGGGAAAAAGAACCAAAUAUUCCGCCCUGUACGAUGGUAACUUUGCAGCACAUUUAAAAUAAGAUUCCUCAAUGACUUGAGUGUUCAAUACACUGCUCUGUCAACAGCAUCUUGCAGGCUAGGUGAGAUUUGAUGCCUCAUCUCUGUGAAUUGUGGUGAUUUCUUAUUAGGUGCGGUCAGUAAAGGUGCUGCACUCUGCUGCUCUACUCUGGACCAGACAGGAAAAAAUCAGUCCACGUACCAGCUUUUGAUUUUCAACUGGAGUGUAUAGUUGGAAUGUAAGUGUACUUGUGGCAGGAUCUGAUUUGAUUGCAGUAGCUCCUACAGUUGUACAGUCUGUCAUAACUCAUUUGAGCUUGUAUGGAAAAUGAAUGGCAUUUUAAUGUGACUGAAUGAAAGAAGCUAGCAAUCAGAACUGUACCUAAGUGCAGAGAAUGGAAAAACAUCACAUUGACCUGGGAUAAGUUAACGUUCUCCACUUAUAAUGUGACAUAUUGAAUAUCUCUCAAUUCUUGCUAUUUUUAAAGGAACACGUGAAUAUUGUUUGGCUGACGUAUUCAGAGAUCAUGAAAAUGACGGUUUUGUCCUUUUUAACAUCAUGUUUUAAUUGUCAAUGUAUAUAAAGUACUUUAAAUCCUAGUUGUAUUAUGAUAAUAAAGACAGCUACAUUAUUUGAAAUGUAUUUUAUAUAUAUAUAUACAGCUUCAAUUUUCAGCCCUUUAAAUAGAAUAGGUCUUUCCAAUGUUACAGUUAGCUCUUCACCAAUGCAAUAUGUGGAUAUCCUCUUAUUCACAACGCUAUAAUUACAAUGAAAAUGAGAGGAUUUCUUCACGUCACUACUGUCAAAGUCAUGUUUUUAAGGCGAACAUACGAUACCUUGCUGCUGUGAUGCCACAAAACUUACCAGAGGAAAUGUACUUUAUAUAAGCCAAAAAUAAUUGAAUGGAUUUCAAAAUUAUCCAUGUACAAACUUGAUUCUUUUGCCCCAUUUGUUGAUUGGUCGUAUGCAGAGAGAUGUAAUCUAGAGGCAAAUAGCUCAACAGAUAUUGGCUCUGGUAGUUUUAGAAUUUGAAUUAAGUGUAAAUAAGGAAAUUAGAAAUUGAAAAAAAGGAUUUGAACAGCAAACACAAUCUUGAAGUGGUUAGAUCAACUGGAUCAAAAAUAUCAAACCAUUUAAUACAAGUACGUUUUGAAUGUUUGUACAAAAUGGCUGUUGAGUGGACAUGAUUCAUUUGGUAGGAAUCUUUGUUGUAAGUGUGAUUGAAAUGGUUAGAAAUUAGACUUAAGCGAAUGUUGAUGUUUUAAAUGGGCACGGCAUAGAGUGGUAACUCAUGGUCCAAUCAUCUAAUAAAAAUCACAAAUUGGGA